GCGGAGCCACGAGCCCACCUCCCAGCCGGUCAACCCAGUCGGCCCUGGCGCGCACGACCCCUCUGCUUCUUCACCGAUCGACAGCGCCUGCGCCGGAAGCUGAUCCCAACACUAAGCGUGCCCUUAUUAUAUGCCCGGUGCCCCAGUUUCCCCAACAUAUACCAACGCAUAUACUUGCUUCCAGUAUUUGUACUGUUUUAUAUUACUCUACUGGCUCACCCGCUACCACUCACAUUUUCUUUUCUUCUUUUUUAUUUUAAUCAGGGCUAAUACCAAAGCCCAUUAUUUAAUGAAUCCGCAUGGCUAAAUGAAUCAUUAACAAGAGCUGUUAAUAAAAAGGGGGAAAUGGAGUAGUAGAACGACGCUCUAACGCGGCGUGCAACGGGAAAAAACAAAAUUUGUACGAGAAGCGGCGGGCUGCGUUGAAUGGGCAUUUCGCAAACAGUUGGCGAGCAUUUGAGGAGGAGAGUUCGCGGUGAUAACUCUAUAUGACAAUUCUAUUCUCUCGCGGCAGUGGAACCGCGAGGACUGCGGCGGCGGUAGCCGGCAACCGUUUUCAGAGCGGGAGGAAGCAGAGGGAAAGAGUGGUGGUGAUCAUGGGCGCGACGGGAACGGGGAAGUCGAAGCUGUCCAUUGAUAUCGCCACCAAGUUUCAGGGGGAGGUGGUGAACGCGGACAAGAUUCAGGUCUACCGCGGUCUGGACAUCACUACCAACAAGAUGCCGAUUGAAGAGAGAUGUGGAGUCCCGCACCAUUUGCUAGGAGAGCUGGACCCUGCAGCAGGCGAGCUUCCGCCGGCGGGGUUCCGCUCGCUGGCGAGGGGGGCGGUGGCAAGGAUAGCGGCGCGGGGGAGAAUUCCGGUGGUCGCCGGCGGAUCCAACUCUUACAUACACGCGAUGAUGGUGGAUCGAUACGACGAAAGGGAAAACCCGUUUGCCGCAGAUUACGCGGCGAGGCAUCGGUUACGGUACCGGAGCUGCUUGUUGUGGGUUGACGUGGAGGCGGAGGUGCUUGCUGAGCAUCUGGACCGGAGGGUGGACGACAUGGUGGGUAUGGGGAUGGUGGAGGAGCUGGAGAGGUACUUUGCCGGCGAGCAACCGCCGCCGGAAGAGCGGCACCCCGGGCUGGGAAAGGCCAUCGGGGUCCCGGAGUUAAGAGAAUAUUUCCGAAUAAGGACGGCAGCGGCUUACGAAGAGGCGGUGGCGGCGAUUAAAAAGAACACGCGGCGACUGGCGGUGGAGCAGGUGAGGAAGAUAGUGCGGCUUGGGGAGAUGGGAUGGCCUAUGCAAAGGGUGGAUGCAACGCCGGUGGUCGACGCGCGGCUCGCCGGCCGUGGACGGGAGGCGGAGGCGGCGGCAUGGGAGCGCCACGUGCUGGGACCUAGUCUCCGAGCUGUGGAACAAUUCCUGCAAGAGGAGUCGAAGCGUCAGCGGCCACUCUCACCUUUUUAAAAACCGUGGCGCCUCGAACUCGCUCGCGUGCUCUCCCUCCCUCUCUCUUUUCUCUCUCUCUGAAUGAAAAGAGUGGGAAAAGGUUACAUUAUAACGAUAAGUUCUAUCAAAACUGCAUUGUUUCUUAUGCAACUAAAACGGUUUCGAAUCCUCCAUAGUUAGAAGGUUAACCAGGAAAUUUUUUGCCGCUUAAUUCAGAGUUCAAAUCUUCAAAUCAUUGGAUGAAUUUAUCAUUCCUCCACUGAUCUUUAGAUUUUUCAGCACUCUGGUUCAACUUUAUGGUGCAGUUUGCUCACCCAACGGUCAAAAUUGAAUUCAAAUUUUUUUUCUUUUCAAAAUCUUCUUACUUUUUUACUGAAUUCAAUUUCAAUCGUUCUAAAUGAAUCACCACUGAAAGGGGUUAACGGCACCUUAUAGAGGCUGGCAACAGAGCCCACUGGACUUCCAAUGUUAAGUUCUGGCCUUGUUCUGUAAACAGUGGAGAGGAAUAUAUUAUAAAGAAGAGAGUGUGAGAAGUGAAAACGGGAAUGUUCAGGUUUUCUUAUUUUCAGUCCUUUUUCUAUAGAGAAACAUUUCAACAAACAUCUGUUCGAUAGCAUUCAGCAGAUGGCAUCAGUGGUAAUUUUUGACAAAUACGAAAACAAUUUUGUCAGUUCGGUAAUUAUAUAAUUGACAUAUUUAUAAACCAUGCAUGCUUUUUGUGAAACCAAAUGCAUUCAGUUAAU